CUCUCUCUCCUCCAGACUGCAUGCAGUUUGGUAUUAAAAUGUUUCCAGUACAACCGACCAUUGUGUUGUGACACAUUUGAGAUGAUAGAUGCACGUUCAGCUAUUUUAACAAAUCACAGCACCAGAUUGAUAACCGGGACUGUCGGCGCUCGCGGCGAACAACGUUGCAGCUGUUAAUUUGGAAGGUUGUAUCCCCAACAAAAGUGCAGAGCUCCCGUCGGCAGGACGAGCUAGCUCGCGAGGCCCCAACCGGACGGGACCACGGGGAACCAUGGCCAACAUCGCAGUUCAGAGGAUAAAACGGGAAUUCAAGGAGGUGCUCAAGAGUGAAGAGACGAGCAAAAACCAGAUCAAGGUGGAUCUGGUGGAUGAGAACUUCACAGAACUUAAAGGGGAGAUUGCAGGGCCACCUGACACACCGUAUGAAGGAGGUAGAUAUCAACUAGAAAUUAAAAUUCCAGAGACGUAUCCAUUCAAUCCACCAAAGGUGCGGUUUAUCACAAAGAUCUGGCAUCCCAACAUCAGCUCAGUCACAGGUGCAAUAUGUCUUGACAUUCUCAAAGACCAAUGGGCAGCAGCGAUGACCCUGAGGACCGUCCUCCUGUCGCUACAAGCCUUAUUGGCAGCUGCAGAACCAGAUGAUCCACAAGACGCGGUGGUAGCCAAUCAGUACAAGCAGAACCCCGAGAUGUUCAAACAGACAGCGAGACUCUGGUCUCAUGUCUAUGCAGGCGCUCCCAUCUCAAGUCUGGAGUACAUGCGCAAGAUAAACAAACUCUGUUCCAUGGGCUUUGAAAAAAAUGCAGUAAUAGUGGCGUUGUCGUCGAAAUCCUGGGACGUGGAGACAGCAACAGAGCUACUGCUCAGUAACUGAAUCUUGACACCCUCUUCAUCUUCUUGAUUCCCCCCCCUCCCACGCACACACGCAUACAUACACACACACCCUCUCUUCUUAAUUCCUGCUGUCCCAAGGCGUCGUUUCUCCAGUUGCACCCCCACCACUCCCCUGUUAUCCCCUCUGUGUGGCAUCUCCCUGAUCGUCACCUCUGCUGUACUACACUCCAAUCAGUCGCUCUGUGAGCUCUUACCUCUGGUUUCUUUAAGUUCAUUCAACAUUCCACUCAUUGAUGCAAUCAGAACUUCAGCCACAUCCUCACCCCCUUUUGAAGCAAAUGUCGGACUUAAGACCCGCUCCCUCCCGCCACUUACCCAGCUUUUCUGGUUGUUUCCAAGAAGCGGCUGUCAGCGGCUUAUCCUUGCCUAUGCAGUGCAUUUACUUUCAUUCGGGAAAACCUUUUGUAGGAGCAAGUCAAGCAUUUCAAGAAGGUUCUUUUGGACCUGAUCAUGAUUUUUUUACACUUUUCCAGACAGUUUUCUCAACGGGGAUUGAGCCGUGUCCUAGACAAAACACAUUUUUAAAUUGGUAUUUCUUUUGUCAUUCUAUUGCGCGGUAUCCAAUAUCACUUGAUCACUCAUUUCAAUCACGAUCAACAUUUUGAGAGUACUCUAAAUUGACAAAUACAAAUUACAUUUUGGGAUCCUUCUGAAUCAUUAUCUUGUGCCAUUACUGGGAUUUUUUUUGAGGGCACUAUAAUCUUUUCAGGUAAAAUGUGGACAUUCAAAUGAAUUUGGUAAAGUGAAUAUAGUGCACUGGGAAGCGAACAUGGAGUUAUACAGACACCGUGUCGGAAGAGGCUUAUUCCCUGUUCAGGAACCCGCUGGUUAAGUGUCACUGAUGUGUUCACAUCGUAGCCAUACUCAUUUUCCUGCCAUGUUCCAACUCUCUGACGAACCCAAAGCCAAAAGGCCCAGCUACAAUCCCCACACCUGCUCUGGACAUGGCUUACUUCUCCUGUCCCUUUCACCCACAUUUUAUUAAUUUUUAUUUGCUUUUGCCCCUUUUGCAGGAAUACAUUUGGAUUCUUGUUUUUAAACUGAAAGAAAGAAAAACAUGUUCUGAAGUAAUACAACCCGUCAUGAGUCUGUAUGGAAAGAUAAUUCAAAAUGAGUUUGAAAAAUAUUGCAUCAUCUUAACUACGCCAACAGAUAAAUAUGUCAACAUGAGUAAUCUGUAAAUAAAGAUAUUAAUGUCUGUGUAAAUUAA